AUGAAGAUACUAGAUGGCGAAGAAUCAUCUAUGAGAAGACCAAGAAGUUUUGCAUGCAGAAGCUGCAAGAAGCAAGGCCAUGGGGAAGAAGAAUGUCGAAAACAGAAACUUCCAAAACAGAUGGAUGACGCUGAAGGAAAGGAUCUGGAAAAGAAUAAAUCCAACUCUGACAAAAUAUUCAAAGAGGGAAGGAAAGGAAAGCAAACUCAGCAAAUCGAUAAAGGAAAGAAAGUCCAGCAAGAUGACAAUGCAGGAGCAGCAAAUGAGGAAGGUCAAAGAGCUCACAGAAGGAAUUUAGAGAAAUCAAAGCAACCAAAUUUUGGUCAGCAGUCUAAAGGUAUAUGGAAACAGCAGAAUAAGGAAAAAUCUAUUGGAAAUCCGUGUGCAAAUGUGUUAGAUUCUUCGGCUAAUGUAGAAGCAGAUUCUUCGGCUAAUAUAGAAGCAGAAAUUUCUGCCUUGAGUGCAGGCAAUCAGCAGACCUCCAUGCAAGUUGAGGCUCUUCAUCCUAUUGAUUUGGAAAGGGGGGAUCGUAGUGGAAAAGAUGAUGCUCCACGGAUUAAUUUAGUUGUUGAUCUAAACGCAGGGUUUCCAAAUGAAGUAGUUGAGAAUGCCCAAGUACAGCCUGAUUCGGUGCUACCUAAUGCGGGCAAAAGUGUGCCAGAAGAAGACUCUGUUCCUGAUCCAAAAUUGGAUUCGGAGAAGCUCCACCGUGUGUUGAAUGAACAAUGUCAAAUUUCAUCUGCAUCCACUUUCUUUAUUGAUCAUUACUAUGUCCGCAGAGCAGGUCAAGAGCUCAGUAUGGAUGAUGAAAGGGGGUUGCAGAUUUCUAAGGAGCCUCCAGAUAAAGGCUAUCAUUCUGACGAUGGUUUUUCAGGUAGUAUUAAAUCUUUAGAAGCUUAUUCCCAAGAUUCGGAGGCCAUGGAGAUUGUGGUCCCAGGAGCUCGAUCUCAAGGUGAAACUGAUAUUGCCAACUGUGUUGUGGACUUCUUUUCUUCUCUUUACUCAACUGAAAGGCAUUCGUUGGGGAAAGGACUGUUCUCGGUCAUGCCCAAGCUGGUUUCUGCUGAGGAUAACUUUAUGCUAACUGCACCAGUUGCGUUGGAGGAGCUUAAGGAUAUUUUGUUUUCAAUGUUUGACUGUCGGAGAUAUUAG